AUGGACGUCAGCAGAAAAUUGCGGUUUUUCGAACAAGUAGGAGUCAACACUGAGAGUGAAGUUGAAGGUCCUCAGGAUGAUGGAUAUAGGUGGAGAAAGUAUGGGCAGAAAGAUAUUCUUGGAUCUACGUUUUCAAGAGGCUGCUACAAAUGUACAUUUCGUCGUUACUACAAAUGUACAUUUCGUCGCAUUGAAAACUGCCAGGCAACAAAACACAUGCAAAGGUUUGAUGUUGGUCCUGCUGUAUUUGAGAUCACAUACGGAGGCUACCAUACUUUCUCUAGAUGCCAGAUAAAUGGUCUUGGAAUAGCUCACAACUUAGACCAUUCAGAAAAAUACCUCAGUGAUAUUGGACUAUUUCGCGACUUGCACCAUUCAGACUCAGACCGCACUGAUUCAUUCUCCACCAACAGUUCCACAACAAGUUCUUCAAUUGGUGGUGAGUUCGCUAGAUCGUCUGGAGCUAGACCUGAUUUUUCAAUUUUUACAAAAAGACAUCCCCAAACCAAAGCUAAUACUCCUCAAAAGGAUGAUAAGGAUGAAUAG